UGAAGUUAAGAAUACCUCGCGUUAACCAUCGGAAUGAAUUUUUCUUUUUCGUUCAUUUCAAAAUUUUAUCUCCUCCUACGACCGGCGUUUUACGAUAAACGGCGUACGUGCAUGCCGUCGAAAGUCGAAAUCCUCGGAAAUGCUUCUGGGGGAAUCGAUGAUCGGCUUCAACGUAAAUACGAUGUAUGUGACACAGGGAAGGUGUUCGAGCCGGUAAAUUCGAGCCUGCGUUCGUGCGGGUUGCGGCAUUUAUAGAAGGAGCGCACGCCCGGUGUUCCUUCGAAAGCCUUGGAGGACCUGAAGCAUCGCAUUCGCUUUCAGAGUACCACGCUCCACGGACGAGCUGUCGUAUCUUAACAAAUCUCAGCAUUUUCAUCAUUUUCCUUGAUACUCUCAGUCGACUUUCCUUGAAAUUCAAUAAUCAUCAAAGUUACAACAUAUUUCAAAUUUAAUUGUCUCAUCAAAUUAAAGCAACUGAAAGUGAUUAUAGUCAGUGGUCAACAGGUGAUUGUAUACUUACUGCAUCGCAUUUUAAAACUGCAUUGGAAAGUGCAUUACGAAAUCUCAUCGAUUUAAAAUCGUAAAAUUAUUGUGUCAUCGACUCGAGGGAGAAAUCAUGACUGGGAAGAGUAAUUAUAAGGAAACAGGAGGGAUAGUCUUUCCGAUACGAUACCUAAUGGCAAUCAUGGGUUCUAUCGGACUUGCUAUCAUUUAUGGAUUCAAAGUCAACGUAAGUGUGGCAAUCGUCGCGAUGGUGAAUCAUACUGCUGUUAAAUUAUCAUCCACGUUGCACCAGCUGGAAUCGAACGAUACAAAUGCAAUUAUCAAUUCAAUGGAAGAAUGUCAUCACGAUGAUAAUUCUUCCAACGUGACGAAAAUCGUUGACGAGGAUGGUCCUUUUAUAUGGAACGAACCUUUGCAAGGUCUUAUCUUAUCUUCGUACUUUUGGGGGUACAUGGCAUCCUUGCUUCCGGGUGGAAGAAUGGCCGAAUUGUUAUCUGCAAAAUGGGUGAUGAAUGCAUCUGUACUCCUUAACGUUAUAGCAUCUAUUUUAUCACCUGUUGCGGCCCAACUACAUUAUUCUCUUUUCAUCGUGAUGAGAGUUAUUCAAGGAAUCGGUGGAGGGGUAACAUUUCCUGCGAUGCACGUUAUGAUUGCUAAAUGGGCUCCGCCUAAUGAAAGAAGUGUACUUGCUUCCAUUGUUUAUGCAGGAACUGCACUUGGUACCGUGAUUUCCAUCCUCCUAACGGGUAUACUAGCUGCGAAUUUCGAAUGGAAAUGGAUAUUCUACAUCGAAGGAUUACUCUGCUUGAUCUGGUGUACAGCUUGGUGGAUAAUGAUCGCGGAUACUCCUGAAGAACAGACCAGAUUUAUUAGCCAAGAAGAGAAGGAUUACAUUCUUGAAUCCCAGGGUCACCAUGGACAUAACGGCGAACACAAUGAGAAAUUACCAGUCCCAUGGGGUGAGGUAUUGAGAUCUAAACCAUUCAUGGCAAUUUUGAUCGCCCAUUUCUGCAGUAAUUUUGGGUGGUACAUGUUGCUUAUAGAAUUGCCUACCUUCAUGAAUCAGAUAUUGAAAUUUGACAUGAGCUCGAAUGCUGGCCUCUCUUCCAUGCCAUUCUUAUGCAUGUGGUUCUUCACUAUGAUUCUAAGUAAAUCGUUAGCCAUUAUGCAGGAUAAAGGGUUGAUCACGGUAACAGGUUCUCGAAAAAUUGCAACGCUACUCUCAUCUGUGAUCCCUAUGAUAUGCUUAAUAGGAGUAUCAUAUGUUGGAUGCAAUAGAACACUAGCUGUUGCACUAAUGACCAUUGGAGUAACUUGCAUCGGUGGAAUGUAUAGCGGUUUCUUAGCUAAUCACAUCGAUAUUGCUCCAAAUUUUGCAGGAACUCUCGUUGCUAUUACAAACUGUGUUGCCACUAUUCCUGGAUUCGUAGUGCCGAUAUUUGUGGGAAAAUUGACACAUGGAAACCAAACUAUAGGAGCAUGGAGAAUCAUAUUUUUCGUAACUGUCGGUUUAUACAUUAUUGAAAUAAUAGUUUACACUAUUUUCGGAAGCGGAGAAGAACAACCGUGGAACGAAACUAAACUAACCGAUGAAGAAGCAAGCGAUCAGACGUUACCGCUAAAAGAGGACAUUAAAAAAUAAGUAUGAUUUUAAUACUCAAACUGAUUAGCUUCUUGUACAUAAUAGAAUUAUGAUAUUAUUAAAUCUAAAACUCGUUUCGAUUUUAACUAUUUUCAUAAAAAAAUCUUAAAUAUUUUGUUAUUUAUUCUAAUGACAGGAGCAAGUACAAAUAUUUAUAU